UUUCUGAAAUUACAAUAGUCGACCUCUUUUUAUUUGUCUUGGCCAAAAAGAAAUAACGAAAUCGAAAAGCGAAGGUAGAAGAAAAUAUAGGAGAAAUGGCGGGAUCAUCGUCGGCGUCGGAGAAAUCGGAAAUGGAGAAAGAAGAGAUGCUGGAUCGAAUGCUUACUCGUUUAGCUCUCUGUGAAGACUCCAAUCUUCAGAACUUACUCUCUAAGCUUCUUCCCCUUUCUAUCUCUUCUCUCUCUUCCAAUUCUACUCCUGUCAGAAACAAGGUUAUUGAGAUUCUGAGUCAUGUCAACAAGAGAGUGAAACACCAGCUGGAUAUUGGUUUGCCAUUGUCAGAAUUAUGGAAUCUGUACAUAGAACCAAAUGCUACCCCCAUGGUUAAAAAUUUUUGCAUUGUGUAUAUUGAGAUGGCUUUUGAACGUGUACAAAUAGAGGUAAAGGAAGAUAUGGUACCUCUUCUUGUUGCUAACAUAUCAAAACUCCCUACUCAACACCAAGAGAUAAUAUUGAGAAUAUCUGCCAAGGUAAUUGGUGACUGUCACUGCACUAAUCUUAGGGAUGAAGUUGCUGCCAAGUACAGAUCGAUAAUGGGUUCUCAGGAUAGUGAAAUAUUUCUUGAAUUUUGCCUCCAUACAAUACUUUAUCAACCACCAUCUCAAGGAGGAGGUUGCCCAGCUGGGCUUUCCGUGUCCCAAAGCAACCGUGUUUCUGGAAAACAAUUGUUGACUAGUGAUAUACUUUCAAAAAGAAAGUUAGGUAUCUUGAAUGUUGUUGAGGCUAUGGAUUUGGCUCCAGAGAUUGUUUAUCCUCUUUUUCUUGUUGCAUGUGUUGACCGGCAUGAACCUGUUAUUAAGAGAGGAGAGGAGCUGUUAAAGAAGAAGGCAGCUGGGGUGAAUUUAGAGGAUCAAAGUCUGAUAAACAGGCUAUAUUUAUUAUUUAAUGGGACUGCUGGGGCUCAACAAAUUUCCCUGGAUAAUAAAGUAACUCCCGGAAGUCUUGCUUUGAGAGCAAAGUUGAUGUCCUCUGUCUUCUGCAGAUCAAUCACCGCUGCAAACAGUUUCCCAGCAACUCUACAGUGCAUUUUUGGCUGUAUAUACGGAAAUGAUACAUCCUCAAGGUUAAAGCAAUUGGGGAUGGAAUUCACAGUGUGGGUUUUUAAACAUGCAAGAGAAGCUCAGCUGAAGCUCAUGGGUCCUGUUAUUUUGAAUGGAAUUAUAAAAUCCCUUGAUGGCUAUUCGGCAUCAGAAUCAGAUACUAUUGCUAGGGAGACAAAGACUUUUGCAUUUCAAGCUAUUGGAUUACUUGCCCAGCGCAUGCCUAACCUUUUCAGAGAUAAGAUUGAUAUGGCCUUGCGUCUUUUUGAUGCUCUGAAAUCUGAGACACAAUUUCUCCGCCUUACCAUCCAAGAAGCUACCAGUUCUCUUGCUGUUGCAUACAAGGGUGCAGACAGAAAAGUGCUGGAGAACUUGGAGUUGCUUCUGCUAAAAAGUUCUCAAGUGGAACAAAGCGAGGUACGUUUUUGUGCUGUGAGAUGGGCGACCUCACUGUUUGACUUGGAACACUGCCCCAGCCGAUAUAUAUGUAUGCUUGGAGCUGCCGAUAUGAAAAUGGAUAUAAGGGAAAUGGCCCUAGAGGGUUUAAUUCUUGGUAAAGAUCAACAGAGGACUAUUAGUGAGAAUCCUAAUCUAAAGUACCCAAAGGUGGGUAAUAUGCUAGAUUAUAUAGUUAAGCAGCAGCCAGCUCUGUUAGAAUCCACUGAAAUGAGAGGCUCGACACUUCUUUUCCCAUCAAAAUCAUAUGUAGCUAUGAUCCAAUUCUUGCUAAAGUGCUUUAAGGCUGGAUUGGAUGAGAGUAAUGCAUCAGGUAAAAUGCCUAAUGAUAGUAUUCCGCUGGAGAAUAUGUUUUUGCUGUUAGAACAUGCUAUGGCAUAUGAAGGUUCUGCUGAGUUGCAUGCUAUUGCAUCCAAAGCACUGAUUGAUGUUGGAGCUCAUGUUCCAGAGAUGGUAGCUUCUCGAUAUGCUCGAAGAAUAGUUUGGCUAAAGCAAUUGCUAGGGCAUGUGGACUUUGACACGCGCGAAUCUGUAGCACGCUUGCUUGGAAUAAGUUCAUGUGCUCUUCCUAUAUCUGCGUUGUCUGAUCUUAUUACCGAAUUAAUUUCAUCCCUUGGUGGAUCCAAGUUGAGGUUUGAAUUCCAGCAUGGAGUGUUAUGUGCCUUAGGAUAUGUUACUGCAAACUGUAUGUCCAGGUCACCUACUAUCUCAGAGUCCCUUCUUCAAAGGACACUGAAAUGCUUAGUUGAUAUUGUUAAUAGUGAGACAUCUACACUGGCUUCUAUUGCGAUGCAAGCAAUAGGUCACAUUGGACUUGGUGUGCAAUUGCCUCAGUUACAUAGUGACUCAAGCUCAGCUCCCAUUUUGACCGUUUUGAAAGAUAAAUUGAGCAAGCUAAUUUCUGGUGAUGAUGCCAAAGCGACUCAAAAAGCUGUUCUAGCUUUAGGGCAUAUGUGUGUCAAGGAAUCUUCUUUGCCACAUUUAACUGCAGCUCUUGAUUUAAUUUUCAGUCUCUGCCGGUCGAAGGUUGAGGAUAUUUUGUUUGCUGCUGGAGAAGCUCUAUCAUUUUUGUGGGGCGGAGUUCCGGUGACUGUUGAUAUAAUUCUUAAGACAAACUACAAUUCACUUUCCAUGAGCUCAAACUUCCUAAUGGGAGAUGUGUCAUCUAGCCUAUCUAGAUCUAGCUGCAUAGAGUUUGAUCCCCAUGGAGACUGUGAUGUUAGUGUCAGAGACUUGAUUACUAGAAAGCUGUUUGAUAAUUUACUAUAUAGUAACAAAAAAGAGGAGAGGUGUGCCGGAACUGUUUGGUUACUAUCAUUAACAAUAUAUUGUGGGCGGCAUCCAGCAAUUCAGAAAUUGCUUCCAGAUAUUCAGGAAGCUUUCUCACACCUAAUAGGAGAACAGAACGAACUUACACAGGAGCUCGCUUCCCAGGGUCUAAGUAUUGUCUAUGAACUUGGUGAUGCUUCAAUGCAGAAGAAUUUAGUAAAUGCACUGGUAGGCACCUUGACUGGAUCGGGAAAGAGAAAAAGAGCUGUAAAGCUUGUUGAGGACUCAGAAGUGUUUCAAGAGGGUGCCAUCGGCGGUAGUCCUAGUGGAGGAAAACUUAGCACUUAUAAAGAGCUUUGCAGUCUUGCUAAUGAGAUGGGGCAACCAGAUUUAAUUUAUAAGUUCAUGGAUUUGGCUAACUAUCAAGCUUCCUUAAAUUCCAAGAGAGGUGCUGCUUUUGGGUUUUCAAAAAUCGCGAAGCUUGCAGGAGAUGCUCUACAACCCCAUUUACGAUUAUUGAUACCAAGACUUCUGCGAUACCAAUACGAUCCUGAUAAAAAUGUGCAGGAUGCAAUGACACACAUUUGGAAAUCACUUGUUGCGGACUCAAAGAAAACUAUCGACGAACACUUGGACUUCAUAAUUGAAGAUCUCUUAAGUCAAUGUGGUUCCAGGCUUUGGCGCUCGCGCGAGGCUUCUUGUCUUGCUCUUGCAGAUAUAGUUCAAGGGCGUAAAUACGAUCAGGUAGGAAAGUAUCUGAAGAGAAUAUGGACUGCUGCUUUCCGUGCCAUGGAUGACAUAAAGGAGACUGUUCGGAAUUCUGGUGACAGACUAUGUCGUACAUUAACUUCAUUGACAAUUAGACUCUGUGAUGUCUCUCUCACUGAUGUUUCUGAUGCAAGACAAACUAUGAAUAUUGUUCUGCCUUUGUUGCUAACCGACGGCAUAAUGAGCAAAGUGGACAGCAUUCGCAAAUCGUCUAUUUCCAUUGUUACAAAACUUGCAAAGGGUGCAGGUACUGCGAUACUUCCACAUCUAUCAGAUUUAGUUUGUUGCAUGCUGGAAGGUUUGUCCAGCCUUGAAGACCAGGGGCUCAAUUAUGUUGAGAUGCACGCAGCGAAUGUUGGAAUACAAACCGAAAAACUUGAGAAUUUACGUAUUUCGAUUGCCAAAGGUUCUCCAAUGUGGGAAACUCUAGAUCUGUGCAUAGAUGUUGCAAAUUCCCAAGCACUAGAACAGCUAGUACCUCGUCUCAUUCAGUUGGUGCGCUCUGGAGUUGGGCUAAAUACAAGGGUUGGCGUGGCAAACUUUAUAAGCUUAUUAGUGCAAAAAGUUGGUAGCGAUAUUAAGCCAUACACAAGCAUGCUGUUGAAGCUCUUAUUUACAGCUGUCAAGGAGGAGAAAAGUGCUACAUCCAAACGUGCCUAUGCAAAUGCUUGUGCAACCAUUUUAAAAUAUUCAACUCCCUCCCAGGCCCAUAAGUUGGUUGAAGAUACGGUAGCUUUGCAUACUGGUGACAAGAAUUCUCAAAGUUCAUGUGCGCUUCUAUUGAAAAGCUACUCAUCAACAGCCAGUGAUGUAUUGAGCGGAUAUCAGACUAUAAUUGUUCCAGUUAUAUUUAUAUCAAGAUUCGAGGAUGACAAGAAUGUUUCUACUCUAUAUGAGGAAUUGUGGGAGGAAAAUAUGAGUAGUGAACGAGUUACUCUUCAGUUGUAUCUAAACGAAAUCGUUACUCUUGUGGACGAAGGAGUUACAUCAUCAUCAUGGGCAAGUAAGAAAAAGGCCAGCCUGGCAAUUAGUAAGCUUUGUGAAGUCUUAGGUGAUACAGUAUCACCACACCACCAUGUUUUGCUUGCAUCUCUUAUGAAGGAAAUUCCUGGUCGUUUAUGGGAGGGAAAGGAAGCUUUAUUAUGUGCUUUGUCAGCUCUUUGUGAAUCCUGCCAUAUAGCAAUCGUCAAUUCGGAUCCUGCAACAUCAAAUGAAAUUUUAAGCUUGGUAUCUUCUGCAUGUAAAAAGAAAGACAAGAAAUAUAGGGAGACAGCUUUUUGCUGUCUAAAGCAGAUUAUCAAGGCAUUCAGUAAUCCAGACUUCUUCAAUAUUGUCUUUCCAAUGUUAUUUGAGAUGUGCGAUUCAACAAUUGUCUACUCAAGCCAAGUACCUUCUAGCAAUAACAUUGUCAAAGAAGAAAUAGAUGAAAAGAAAGAUGUUGUCCCACAUGAUAAAGUUAUGGACUGCAUUAAUUCUUGCAUCUGUGUGGCUCGUGUAACUGACAUUAUUGAACAGUGUCAGAACUUGCUUCAUGUGCUUUCAAUCUCACUGGCUCCAAGUGUUGUUUGGACAGUUAAAAUGUCGGUCUUUUCAACUAUAAAAGAAUUAUGCUCCAGACUCCGUAGCGAUACAGUUGAAAUUUCGCAACAUGUUAGGAUUGCAGCUCUAGUUCACGAGCUAUUUCUAUCAAUUUCUCCCAAGGUGGUUGACUGCAUCUCGACUGUUAAGAUUGGACAGGUACAUGUCACAGCCUCAGAGUGUCUCCUAGAAAUUACCUUGUUGCUUGAAUCACUUCCAACAUUUCAGAGGAUAGAAAUUGGGUUUAAGGGUGAGCUUCACCAUCAGUAUGAAAUAGAAAAAAAUCAAGAGGCCAAGUCGAUAUUGAAGAAAUGCAUGGACAUCAUUCAAAGCUUGGAAGAGAAAAGUCUACAGAACUGCUAAGACAAAGUUAUUUCGGAAUUUUGAUAGCUUUACACAUAUUGUAUAGAUAUACUUUACAUAUUUAAUUUCAAUGAGGGGGGAUAAUGUUAUGCAAUUUCCAAUUUUUUGUACCUUCAA